UUCUGCUGAUGUAGUUGAAUGGGGAUUAUGUGUUGACCACAUGUCCAGUCCCUUUGUUUUUCCCUUUUUGUUGUCUUUUUGUACCUCGUGGGUAAAUGGAGGAAGGUAGAGCAGAUGAAAGGGAAAUAUGCAGCACAGGUCAACAGGAGCGGCAGCGUUUGAGCUGGAGCUCAGCAAAAGGCAUCAGGUCUGAAAUGAGGGCAAAGCAUUACAGAGUAAUUCAACUUAAAGAAAAAAAAUCAUUAUCAUGUCCUUAAACUACAUCAAGAACUUCUAUGAGGGAUGUCUCCGGCCUCCAACUGUGAUUGGUCAGUUCCACACCCUGUUUUUCGGCUCUGUGCGCAUGUUCUUUCUGGGCGUUCUGGGAUUUGCGGUUUACGGGAAUGAGGCCCUUCAUUUCAGCUGUGACCCCGACAGGAGGGAGCUCAACCUCUUCUGUUACAAUCAGUUCAGACCUGUAACACCGCAGGUGUUUUGGGCCCUGCAGCUAGUGACUGUUCUUGUUCCAGGGGCCGUAUUCCAUCUGUAUGCGGCAUAUAAAAACAUAGACCAAGAGGAUAUUCUGGAACGACCAACAUACACAGUGUUCUACAUCAUUUCUGUACUGUUACGGAUCGUCCUGGAGGUGGCAGCAUUCUGGCUCCAGAGUCGUCUCUUUGGAUUCCUGGUUCAUUCGCUGUACUUCUGUGAUGCCAGUUCACUGGACAAGACAUUCAACUUCACCAAGUGUAUGGUACCUGGGCACUUUGAAAAGACCAUUUUCCUCAGUGCUAUGUAUAUUUUCACUAUUAUCACCAUGAUUUUGUGUAUGGCUGAGAUUUUUGAAAUCCUCUGCAGAAGGCUGGGCUAUUUAACACAUCAAUGACCAGCUUAAAAAUAGCACACAAAAGAAUGCAAAUGUAUAAUAGACUGUUUUCAUAGAAUCAAACUGCAUACCUUCCAUCCAUGUUUUGACAUUAUUUUCUACCUCACUGUGAAACACUGUAAGAGGCAGAAAUAAGUGCUUGUAAAUAUUUUGCACAAUAAUAAUCUACAGUUCAUUUGACUUAUUCUCUAAAAUAAUCAAUGACUUGUUUUGUAAUGAAAUGUCACCGUCUUGUGUAUUAUUGUAGAUGUAUAUUUCAUUAUAAAUAUUAAACUUUUUGCCAAAAUUGUUAUGCUUAUUAUAGAAUUAGCGAUUUAGAAAAAUACAAAAUAAUGCAAAAAGAAGCAAA